AUGUCUGUAACUUCUCUGUCAUCCGGAUCCGCCUCUUUCGACUUAUCGGUCUCCCUUUUCGAGGCGUUCGACUUCACCCCUAUGCAACUUGCCUUCCAACUCAAUGCUCAGCAACAAAAGAGACGCAAUUCAAGUCUCAAUUUGUUUCUGGCAGAGGACUACCUCUCACUAAUGCAGAAGAAGGAGCUCCGUAGACUCCCAAAGGUCGAGGGAAAUAGCUGGAAGUGUUUCAGCGGAGAAACUAUCAAGAAGGAGCGUCCACUCAAGGAAGAGCGUCCAAUCAAGAUGGAGCGUCCAGAUCAAUUUCCAGUUGUCAAACUGACAAUUUUCGAAGUGGAUUCCGUUACAACACACUAUUUUGAUGUCUAA